GAACAUCAGCCCCCUUUUUUUUAACUAUUUUUUAAGGUUGUCACUUGUCAGUGUCACAUCCAACUCUGUUUCCUUAUCCACUUAUGCCCGGUUAAUCCUCCGUCGGUUAUAGCUAGUAGCCCGAGAAGUUCAAAAACAUCGAAUGGAUGGAGUAGGUUCCACAAGGCUGGGCCGGGCUACUGUCCGGUACGGUUCGACGGCGGUGUUCAAUGGCCCCGUGAGGAAGUGGAAGAAGAAGUGGAUCCACGUGUCGCCUUCAUCCACUGUUAAGCACUCUCAAUCCAACGGCAGCAACAGUUCUGCCUCUACCAGCAUCCUACUUUGUCGGUGGACUCCACUUUCCUCUGCUGAUUCCGGGUCCCCCUUCUCCACUGCCGAGGACGAGGAGCAGCCUCCCAAGCGCAAAUUCCGCUAUACCCCGGUUGCUGUGUUAGAGGAAGAGCGGAAAAGGGCAGCAUCUGCGAAACAAGUCGAAAAUGAAGUUAAGAAAGAUGAGAAUGAGAUCAAGGAGAUUCCAGCUCGAUUGAACGUGAAUGAAGAUUUGAAGAAAGAAACGCAGGACUCAAACAUGGAUAAUUUGGACUUGGGUUUGCGCAUGAAAGGACACGAUGACACCCAUGUUUCCCGUUGACGAGAAGGCGGCAAGCUCAACGGGAUUUCGGUCAACUCUUUGAUGUAUAAUUAGUUCAAGUGCCAACACGAAGGCUACAGGUUUGGUCACUUGAUAGCAAUGCAUCAUGUGUAGUAUAUGCUAAAUAAUCAUAUACUCGGUCGUAUGAUUAGGUUGUGUUGUAUAUUCGAGCCUAGCGAUCGAUUGCACCUCAAUCUUGGACUGCCAAUAUUUGUCAUUACAGCAAUUAUGCAU